AUGGCGUUUUCAUUCGAAGGCCCAAUGCUCCAGCCUUACGUCGAAGCCUCGGUGGAUGGGCUCAAUGUGUACGACGACGGCGGCAUCUGGGCUUACCCCUUCCAUCAUAUGUCCCGCAACAACAUACCGUACAUAUCACCAAAUAGCCAGGCUACUUCGCCAGGAUACAGCUAUAUACCGUCGACAUCCUCAUUUUUCCGGCCCCAGGAUCCCUCAGCAAUGCCAGCGUAUCUGGUCGGGGGCGAAGGCUUGAAACUACAUCUAGGAACUCCCAGAGACUGUCAGACAUGGGCGAGCAUGGAGUACGAUCAAACUCCUCUUUCCGAGAUCUCUCAAGACACUGCUCUAUUGCUAUCGCCAUGUUCGAGCCCGGAGGCUACCGAGCAUCGGACCGGCAUGACCACGGACUGCGAGCAAUCGAUGUCGCCGCCCGUCGCAGAAGUCAUCUCUGAAAUGAAUUCUGACAGUUCUACGAAGAGGAAGAAGGUCAGGCACCCUGGUCGUCGUUAUACCAAGCCGAAACCCGAGAAGCAGACAGCGCAGCAGCCCGAACGGCAAACUGCCAAAUCGAAGCCCAAAAAGAAGAAGAGCAAGGCAGCCCAGAAGGCACAGGCACUCGAGAGGAACAGAGAGGCUGCAACGAGGUAUCGCCAGCGGAGGCAGGAAAAGGCGGCCUAUUUUACCUCCUGCCAGGAGAGGCUGGACGAGCGUCGCAAGGAGUUGACCUCUACCGUCGAGGCCCUGCAGGCGGAGAUCUGCAGACUCAAGGGUCGUCUGCUUCAACACACGGACUGCGACUGUGUCAUGAUCCACGACUACAUAGCCAACGAGGCGAAGAAGUUUGUGAAGACUGUCUCUGAGGGCAACAAACCCUGCCCGAGUUGCGUGGCCAUGAACAGCGCAUUGCAUCACGAUGCACCGACAGGGCAGGCUGUAGACUGCGAUGGGGAGACCAACAAUGAACAUCACCCUGGGCCCGUCGAGUUUGCGUAUUCAUAA